CCACCUACACCACAGAAGGUUUCUUUGAAGAUGUUCCCCACGCGAGCCCUCCUCGGCCGCUCCGUCUGGAAAGGCCCGAACAUUGUCCCUCUCCCCCUCCCGCGCAAACUGCCCGCUCCCCCCGGAACACCGCCGAUCCGCACGCAGAAGCGCGCCGCGACCAUCCUGCCGAACUUCGUGGGGCUGAAGUUCUCGAUCCACAACGGCAAGACCUACCACGACGUGCUGAUUACGGAGGAGAUGGUGGGCCGGAAGUUGGGGGAGUUUGUGCCGACUCGCAAGCGUUUCACCUACAAGAUGUCGAAGAACAAAUAGAUCUUGUCUCUUUCCGGGGGCAUGGGGGCAUGGGGCAUGUCUGGGGUUGUCUGUCGAUACCUUUAUUCUUCUUAUGGUUGGGCUUUUUGCGAACUUGCGCAGCUGGAAUCUCUCGUCUUUCGCGAGUGGGAGAUAGGCUCUGUGCAAGUUGAAACUGAAGUUGCAUUCUACUUUGUGUUUGGCGUUUUUUUUCUCUCUUAGUUUGUGCUUGAUAUGCUGGAGGGUCUCGGUAAAAGAGAUAGAGAUGAAAGAGGGAUGGCUCUGUAUAUUAUGUAUUAUUUAUCUAUCCAUGACUCAUGAGGAUUCAAGGUCCC